UGUUCUUCUUCAUCCUUUUUGUUUAAUGUUGUGAAUCAAUCCUGCCCUUGAUCAUGGUUUCUGAUGCCAAAAUACGUGCUUAUUUGGAGUUGUUGACAAAUGGAUUUAGAUUUAUGGUAUUUUACGUUGCUCUGGAACUGAAGGUAACUGCUAAACUUGAGGAGGAAGUUCAGCUUUUGCAGGCAAUGAUUAAACCAAUAGGAGCAGCAUUUGUAGUGGGACUUCUCGGAUGGGUUUAUAAAGCACUGAAACCUCCAUCUCCAAAGGUAUGUGGUUCAGCAAAUGGCCCUCCAGUGACUUCCCCUAGAGUAAAGCUUAGUGAUGGGAGGCAUUUGGCCUACAGAGAAGUUGGAGUUCCUAAGGAAGAGGCUCAAUACAAGAUCAUUAUUUCUCAUGGCUACAAUAACUGCAAAGAUAUGUACUUACCUGCCUCUCAGGAACUUAUAGAGGAGCUUAAGCUAUACUUUGUAUUAUAUGACAGAGCUGGUUAUGGAGAGAGUGACCCAUAUCCAGCACGCUCAGUGAAGACUGAAGCAUUUGACAUUCAAGAAUUAGCAGACAAAUUGCAGCUUGGCACAAAAUUUUAUGUCCUUGGAUGUUCUAUGGCAACGUACUCCAUUUGGAGCUGUCUAAAAUACAUUCCACACAGACUGCUAGGAGCUUCCCUAGUGGUUCCUACUGUGAAUUACUGGUGGCCUUCCGCUCCUUCAGCUUUAUCAACACAGUCAUUUAGGAAGCUUACUAAAUCUUACCAACGUACAUAUUGGAUUGCACAUUUCACUCCUUGGUUGUUCUACUGGUGGGCGAAACAGAAAUGGUAUCCAAAUUUGGUACGUGAAGGCUUGCUCACUGAUUCAGAUUUAGAGAUAUUAGAGGGGAUGUUGGAACUUCCAAAUAAUGGCCAGGAAAAAAUAGAUCAGCAAGGGACCUAUGAAUCUCUUCACCGAGACAUGCUUGUUGCUUUUGGAAAAUGGGAGUUUGAUCCCAUCAUCGACUUGAGCAAUCCUUUCCCUGACAAUAAAGGAGGCUCUGUUCAUAUGUGGCUGGGUACUGCAGACCGCGUCGUUCCUAACUUAUUUAAUCAUUACAUGGUUGAGAAACUUCCAUGGAUUCAGUGUCAUGAGGUUCCUAAUGCUGGCCAUCUAUUAGUUCAUGAACCUAAAAGCUUUGAAGCCAUAAUAAGGGCACUUCUAGCUGGAUAAGUUCGUCCUUGUUGGGUGGGUUCUGAUCAUGUUCUGUGGUGUUGAAUUAGCUGCAUAGUUUCUAUUAUAAACUUCAAUACUACUUUGUGCUGUUGCUGCCCUAGAGAGCUAAUCGUCAAGGUGAUGGAUCAUAUCCAAAACCAAAUCUACAACUAGUAUGCUUGUUAAGCUAGAAUUUUCUUUGAACUUAAGGGCCCGUUUAGUAA